CGGCUCUACAACGAUGGAGCCUCUCCUCACUCCUUCAUACGUUCCUAUGUUGAAAACUUCUCAUGUUAUCAUCAAAACGUUCCCUCAAAAACAAUACAAACGCAAACUCAUGCUCAUCCCCUUCUCGUUCACAGCAAAGUUAACAAAGCCGGCAGUUGAAAUCUUCCACAACUCUACACCGCCAUCUACUAACGGCAUUUCUUCUUCUUUGAUGGAAGUAUCAGCCGAAUCUUUGAGUUACGAGUGUGGCUAUCUCGGUGCUGUACCGGAGAAGCUGGCGGCUGAAGUUGGUACUGAAGAUGGAAUCGACAAUGCAAUGAAUUAUUUGACAAAGAUUUUAACCGCUAAGGUUUAUGAUGUCGCCAUUGAGUCACCAUUAGACUAUGCUCCCAAGCUCUCUGAAACACUUGGUGUUCUUGCAUGGCUAAAGAGAGAGGAUUUGCAAACAGUGAGUUUUCUUCCUCUAAAUAAGAAAUUAAUUAAGCUUAGCCCAUUUUAA